GUUUGUGGUGUGUUACAUUUUGCAUCAUGUCUUCUCUCUUUUUCACAACCAAGAUGUUCUCUUUCUCCAUUCUCAUGCUUCUUCUCCAGUUGUUCACAAAUCUUCGCAGUGCAGAUGCUCAAAUUGGCGUGUGUUAUGGCACGAUGGGCGACAAUUUACCUCCGGCAAAUGAAGUGGUAAGUCUUUACGCAUCAAACAGUAUAACAAGAAUGAGAACCUAUUAUCCUAAUCAAGAUGCUCUGAAUGCACUUCGAAAUACAAACAUUGAGCUCAUUCUUGGCGUGGCCAACCCAGACCUUCAAGCACUUGCAACUAGCUUUGCUAAUGCUGUUCAAUGGGUGCAAAGCAACAUUUUGAACUAUUGGCCCAGUGUCAAAAUCAAGUAUGUGGCAGUCGGCAACGAAGUGAAUCCCGUUGGAGCGAACUCUCAAUAUGCACAAUAUGUUCUACCUGCAAUCCAAAACAUAUACCAAGCUAUUUUGGCUCAAGGCCUUCAGAAUCAAAUUAAGGUUACAACAGCCAUUGACAUGAGCAUGUUAGGAAACUCUUACCCCCCAUCACAAGGCUCCUUUAGAGCUGAUGUGAGGUCAUACAUAGACCCCAUAAUCGGGUACUUGCUAUAUGCAAGUGCACCUUUACUAGUCAAUGUGUACCCUUAUUUUAGCUACUCUAAUAACCCUACUGACAUAUCACUUUCUUAUGCUCUUUUCACAUCACCAAAUGUUGUGGUAUGGGAUGGUCAAUACGGGUACCAAAAUUUGUUUGAUGCUAUGUUGGAUGCAGUGCAUGCUGCUAUUGAUAACACUGGAAUUGGUUAUGUGGAGGUUGUUGUGUCCGAGAGUGGAUGGCCGUCAGAUGGAGGGUUUGCUGCCACUUAUGACAACGCAAACACCUACUUAGGUAAUUUGAUUCUUCGUGCUAAAAAUGGUACUCCUAGAAGGCCUUCAAAACCUACAGAAAUCUAUAUUUUUGCUAUGUUUGAUGAGAAUCAAAAGAGUCCUGAUAUAGAGAAACAUUUUGGGCUAUUCUUUCCUAACAAGCAAAAGAAGUAUGCAUUUGGAUUCACUGCAUAAAGGAAUGGAAGAUGUUAACAGUGCUCCUGAAGUUACUAGUGAGAUGAAAAGCUUACUCAUCAAAAUUUAUGUUUAUGUGUCACCCAUAAAAUAAAAUUGUAUGAUGUCCGUGUGAAAUAAUUAUCCUUCGUCUUUGGAUACAAAGACGUUGGAAAGUUUAUAAAGAUGAA